UGCCGUCAUACUAUACGUUGGCCCUUGCAUGGCUCAUGAAUCAUGGAUUCAGCAAGACACCUGAAAGGCAUCUGUAUAAUUGUUAUCAAGCAUAAAUUUAUGCCACUCCUCGCCCAAUCAUGAGUUCAUGACUAUAAAUAGGACCCAUGUCCAGCUGGUUUGCUUCACACCAUCACUCACUAGCACUGGAUGCAUGCAACACACUGCACCGCAGCGCGCGCACACCAUGGAUCUACUCCUGCCACUCGUCUCGCUUCUUCUGAUUACUGGAGGAGGCAGUCAUCAUGUGAGCUUCGCCAAUGCGGCCACGACGAACUCGGUGACGCCGAGGGCGUACUGGGAGGCGGUGCUUCCCAGAACUCCAAAGCCCCCAGCCGUCAGCGACCUGUUAGUCCAACAAGAAGUUGACCUACUAAUAAGUCUAUCAACAUGGUUGCCGCAUGUGAAUUCAGUGCGUGCCUCUCUAGACGAUGUUGACCUCAAGUUUGUCAAAGGACUACGAAAAAUUGGACCAUAUUAUAAGAAACUCAAGUCAGAAGUUGAUCAAGGGGAAGAACAUAGUCAUACUGCAUCACAUGCUGAACAUAAUUUAAAGGAGGUCUCCUUGUCGUAUGAAUCAAAAGAUGGAGACAAUUUAAAGGAGGUCUCCGUGUCAUAUGGGGCAAAAGUUGGAGAGAGACCGAAAAAAGUCUCGGUUUCUUAUGGGGUAGGUGCCAAAGAUGUUCCAAAGAGAGACUUCGUUGCACAAGAAGGAGAUGUGAAGGAGGUUUCUCUGUCAUAUGGAUCAAAAGGUGGAAAUAAUUUAAAGGAAGUAUCUGUGUCACAUGGAUCAAAAGAUAGAGACUUUGUGGCACAAGAAGGAGAUCUAAAAGAAGUCUCAGUGUCAUAUGGGUUAGAUGAAGGAAAAAAUGAACAUAUUGAAGUCUUGAAUCAAGGUGAAGAUGAUCCACAUAGACUUACAAUGUCAUAUAAGCCAGAACAAGAAGAUGAUCCCAAUAAAGCUACAAUGACAUAUAGGUCAGAACAAGAAGAAGAUCCACAUAAAGUCACAAUGUCAUAUAGGUCAGAACAAGAAGAUGAUCCCAAUAAAGUUACAAUGUCAUAUAGGUCAGAACAAGAGGAAGAUCCACAUAAAGUCACAAUGUCAUAUGGGUCGGAACAAGAAGAUGAUCCCAAUAAAGUUACAAUGACAUAUAGGUCAGAACAAGAAGAAGAUCCACAUAAAGUUACAAUGUCAUAUGGGUCGAAACAAGAAGAUGAUCCCAAUAAAGCUACGAUGACAUAUAGGUCAGAACAAGAAGAAGAAGAUCCACAUAAAGUUACAAUGUCAUACCGGUCAAACCACGAAGAGUAUACAAAUAAACUUACAAUGACAUAUGGGUCAAAAGAUGAAGUGGAUCCAGACAAAGCUACAAUGUCAUAUAGCUCGGAGCAUGAAAAUGACCUAAAGACCGUUUCUACGGGGCAUAUGGCACACAUAGAAGUAACAGGAAAGGCGAUCCACCAUGUUGACUCUCAUAGCCACAAGAACGAAAGACACGCAGAUGUUUUCUUCUUCCGCGACAUGCUGCGGCCAGGGUCAAUGAUCACCCCAACCAUCCCGCCGACCAACUCCUUGCCGACGCUUCUUCCCCGCCACGUCGCCGACUCCCUUCCAUUCUCUGCCAAGCGCCUCUGGGACAUCGUCGCGAUGUUUGCCCCAAGGUCCCUUGGGAUGAUUAGAGACAUUCGGUGGACGCUGGACACCUGCGAGCACCCACGGACGCUCCCCGGUGAAAAAGCAGGAUGCUCCACCUCCCUCGAGUCCCUCGGCGAGCUCACGACGUCCCUUCUCGGAACGUCCAACGUUCGUGCGUUCUCCGCCGCCAAUCUUCCCGUGGAAGCCCCGGGCACGCUGGCGCUGCGGGGGAGGUACAACGUGACGGCUGCCCGAAGGCUCUCCAAGUCAUCGGAGAUCGUGACCUGCCACGACUUGAAGUACCCGUAUGCGGUGUACUACUGCCACACAUCCAACCCCACCGCCGCGUACGCGGUGACGAUGGAGAGCAUGGAAAGGGGCGCGGCGCCGGCGACGAUGGAAGCGCUGGCCGUGUGCCACCUCGACACGUCGCAGUGGAGCCUGAAGCACCCGUUCUUUGCGCUGCACAACGUUAAGCCAGGGGAUGUCGCUGUGUGCCACUUCCUCACCAAGCUAAGCGUCGUUUGGGUGCAGGCCGGCGAGCCCGGAAACGCACAUGCGGUGGCCCGGUAGGCUGGAAAGCACGUGUGUGUGCCGGGAUGUGUGAGAUGCGGUGCAUUCAUGAAAUGGACGGUUCCAAGUGCAUGCAUCGAGGUUGUACUAAAUAAAUGUGUGCUUGCUGUGCA